AAGUAGAGUCUGAAAGUGAUGAUGAAGAUACUAUAUUAGACUAUUCAGCUCCUGAUAUUGAUAGUAGUAAUGAAGAAAAUUUUGAAGAUAUUAGAAAUCUUAAUCAAGACUUUGGUUGGAUAUUAAUUUGGAUCUUGAGACACCAACAGAGAUAUCAGCUUGCCGAUACUACAACAGAAUCAUUAAUUAAAUUUAUAUAUUUUCUAUUAACUUAUCUUGACCAGAAUCAGUUUCAAAACUUUUCAGAAUCGCUCUAUUUGGCCCGAAAGUUAAUGGAAUUGGGUCUACGCAUAAAUAACUAUACAACAUGCUCAGCAUGUAACAAGUUGUAUGAUCCUGAUAAA